AUGGCUUCGAAACUCAGCCAUCUACUCUCCCCCUUACAGAUGGGGGAUCUUCAUCUCAAGAACCGCGUAAUAAUGGCCUCCCUUACUCGGAAUCGUGAUAGUAUCCCUCGUGAGAACCUUCAUCUUGAAUACUAUGCUGAGCGGGCAGACCUGGGACUUAUUAUAUCUGAGGCCGCAUUGAUCUGUCCUCAAGGUGUUGAGUGGACUUUCAUGCCGGGCAUUUACGGCCCGAGCCAUGUCGAGGGCUGGAAAAGAGUAACUGACGCGGUGCACCAACGUGGCGGUCUUAUCUUCUGUCAGCUUCACCAUGUGGGCCGAGUCGCGCAUCCGGGCACACGUGUGCAGCGGACAUUAGGCCAGCCGAUCCCCGGGCCCUCCGCCAUUGCAGCGCGCGGAGGCAAAUUCCGCAACGUUCCCGGGGGCCCAGGCUACGUCGUUCCUACAGCCAUUGAGGAUCCCCAAGAGAUCAUUCAACUGUAUGAGACCGCAGCACGGCUGGCCAAGGAGGCAGGUUUCGAUGGUAUAGAACUCCAUAAUGCCAACGGAUAUCUCCCGAUGCAGUUCCUCGAGUCCCACAGCAAUCAGCGUGAGGACGAAUGGGGCGGUUCACUUGAGAAUCGUAUGAAAUUUUCACUCGCGUGUUUGGCUCAGAUGAACAAACAUUUCUCAUACGGCCGCAUCGGAAUCAAGAUCGCCCCUUGCGGUGGCUACAACGACAUGGGAGAGCUGGAUGCUGCCGGUCAUCCUUCGGCCGAGGCCGCGAAAGCGAUGUAUGGGCCCUUCUGCGCUAAACUCGACACUCUGGGUCUUGCCUAUGUUCAGGUGAUGCGCUGGUGGGAGGCGUAUGAUGUUUUUAUCGACGGAAAUCCCCGCGGUGUGGCUUGGGAUCCGAUAGCGUACCUGCGUCCAAUCCUCAAAAGCACCCUGCUCUUUGGCAAUACCGGCUUCCGGCCUGAAGAGGCAGAUGAAUGGAUCCACGACAAUCGCAUGGAUGCUGUUGUCAUCGGACGGCCACUGCUAUACAAUCCUGACUACGUCGCCAAAUUGAGGGAGGGUCGUUCGAACGAACUAUACGAGGAGCAACCAGGCGAUGAGUAUUGGUGGUAG